CUUCCGAGGUCAAAGGUAGCGACUUCCGGCGGCUGGCCGCGCAGGCGCCCGGGCAGCUUUUAAAGAAAUGGAGCCCUAUUCCUGUGACACAUUUGUGGCAUUACCUCCAGCAACAGUUGGUAAUAGGAUUAUUUUUGGAAAAAAUUCAGAUCGACUCUUUGAUGAAGUACAAGAAGUAGUUUACUUUCCAGCUGCAAUUCAUGACAAUUUGAAAGACCAUCUUAAGUGUACUUAUAUAGAAAUUGAACAGGUUCCUGAAACAUAUGCUGUUGUCCUUAGUCGUCCAGCUUGGUUGUGGGGGGCAGAAAUGGGAGCCAAUGAGCAUGGAGUUUGCAUUGGAAAUGAAGCUGUCUGGGGAAGAGAAGAGGUUUGUAAGGAGGAAGCACUACUUGGCAUGGACCUUGUCAGGCUUGGCCUUGAAAGAGCUGAUACAGCUGAAAAAGCCCUCAAUGUCAUUGUUGACUUAUUAGAAAAAUAUGGCCAGGGUGGAAAUUGUACAGAGGACAGUAAGAUGGAAUUUAGCUAUCACAACAGUUUCCUGAUAGCUGACAGAAAUGAAGCCUGGAUUCUGGAAACUGCAGGGAAGUACUGGGCAGCAGAAAAAGUACAAGAGGGAGUCCGCAAUAUUUCCAAUCAGCUUUCUAUAACCACCAAAAUUGAUCGGGAGCACCCAGACAUGAGAAGCUAUGCUAAGCAGAAAGGUUGGUGGGAUGGUAAAAAGGAGUUUGAUUUCACUGCAACAUAUUCUUAUAUUGACACAGCCUUGAUGAUGAUGUCAUCAAACAGAUUCUGUGAGGGCUACAAGCUUCUGAAUAAACACAAAGGAAACAUAACUUUUGAAACAAUGAUGGAAAUUCUUCGAGAUAAACCAAGUGGCAUUAAUAUGGAAGGAGAAUUCCUGACCACAGCAAGCAUGGUUUCUAUUUUACCACAUGAUCCCAGCCUUCCCUGCAUCCACUUCUUUACAGGAACUCCUGAUCCUGAGAGAUCUGUUUUUAAGCCUUUCAUAUUUGUGCCCCAUAUUUCACAACUAUUGGAUACACAAUCACCAACAUUUGAAUUUGAAGGUCCAGAUAAAAGGAGGUCACACUUUAAGGCUGAUAGAAGACACCCACUCUACCAAGAACACCAACAGGCAUUGGAAGUAACAGAUAAUAAUAAGGAAAAAGCCAGAACAAUGUUGGACAACAUGAGAAGGCUGGAGAAAGAACUAUUCAAAGAGAUGGAAUCAAUCCUUCAAAAUCAGCAUCUUGAUACAGAUAAAAUUGCCAAUCUCUUUCCUCAAUGUGCAAAAGAUGAAAUUAGAAUUUAUAAGUCAAAUAUUAGUUCUUAAUGAUCAUAUAAAUGGUCAGAAACUCCCAUAAGGUCAGAUUGCUUUGGUAAAUGAUCUAAAUCUAUUUGAGCAAUUUUGAUUAUUCUUUAAUAGCAUUUAAGUGAUACAUGAACUACUAAAACUACAAUAAUUGGGUCUGGAGAGAUGCUUAGCAGUUAAGGCACUUGCAAAGCACAUGCAUCUGGAGUUUGUUUGCAGUGGCUAGAGGUCCUGGCACAUCUAUUCUCUCCCUCUUUCUCUCUUUCAA